AUGUGGGGCUGUUGUAGAGAUGGGAUCCGUAUAUCCGUUCAGAUAAAACGGUGUUUAUCUGUAUCUGUUCAUCCGUUCUUGUCUAACCCCGGCAGAUAUUUGGAUAAACCGGAUAACAAAGAAUUAUUUCGUGCAGAUACUAAUGAUCAUG